UUAUGCAAACAAUUAUUUUGAGUAAUUAACAAUAAUGUCCAGUGCCUAUAAGGUGUUUUCCAGGGUCCAUAUUUUGUGUACUUAUAACGACCUUGUCUAUGAUAUAAUUGAUAUCCCUUCCCUUUAAGAAUGCGACCCCUUUGCAAACUGAGCUACCUUGAAGACGGGUUUAAAGACCCGGCCUCGUAAGCAGAUUAUCCACCAAUGAGAUUCCAGCAGUCAUCUCCUCCACACAAAGUCAUUUAAAUACAUCACAUAAGGAGAGCUAUGAGAAGACAGCAUACUGUUUGAAAACAGCCCCAGUGCCAUCGGGAAAAUUAACGGUCCCCAUUCCACAAUCAAUAGCUCCCUUUCAAUGUGGGGAUAUUUGUUCCCGAGCCCUCACCAUUGUCGGCGCAGAGGCUUGCGAAACAAAAUGCUCAUCAAUAAUUAAUUGCAAGUUAAACAACACCGACUACAAAUGAUAGGGGUGGUGUUGUGACAAAUGGAUGAACACUUGGAGGGGAAAUUUCAUUUGAAAUAUUACUUUUAAACACUUUUAUGGUGUAAUAACCUUAGUUCUUAGUUUUCAUGAGAGCUUUUUGCUGUGCAAGGUCUCCAUAUGUGCUGAGCCAUGCUGUAUUGUCCAUGGAAGGAGUGGGGAUAAAGAUGUUAUUGCCUAAUCCAUCUGGAAGCAGCUUAUACCCAUCCCCCCUUUGUCUGUGAAUGGUGUCUGCCAACAGGACUUUACCGUUACUACUCCAGUUUGCAAAUUAACAUAGUUUGCUCUCCUGCUACUGUUGUUGCCUUCAACUCUUACUCCCAAUAUUUUGACUGAUUCUUGGCUUUUUUGGAAGGAAUUUACUCUCUGAAAGACAUAUAGAUGUGGUAAGAUGUUUCCUUGACCGAUAUGUCCUCUGUAUAGAGACAUACUCAUUUGGAUUUUAUAACCUGUGGAAAUUACCAUCAAGAUAUUUAAAAAGCACACCGGGAAACUGUUGACUUCUUUGCUGUGGAGAGAGCACAGAAGGAGUUAAAAUGGCCACCACUGAAUCUCUUAACACGAGCUAUGCAAGCACUUGCAACUGUAACCACACUACGGACACAAGGGUACUUGUCGGUAACCAUCGCUCUCCCAUACCAAACCAUGUCACCCCUAACAACAUCAGCAUCGCCAACAUCAGCACAAGUACCGGGUCCUCGCAGAUGAUAAAACGACGGACGCGACUCAUCCAGAAAGAUGGCAGUUGCAACAUCGAGUAUACAAACAUGUCCAAGAGUCGUUGGUGGAAGGUCAUCAAGGACAUCUUCACGAGUUCGGUGGACAUGCCCUGGCGAUACAACAUCCUCAUGGUGUGCUUUGGUUUCCUUGCCAGCUGGAUCUUAUUUGCUUUUGUAUAUUACGGAAUAGCACAAGCGCGUGGAGACUUUGACCAUGUGAAUGAUGCAAAUUGGGAGCCCUGUUUCAGAAACUUUAUCAAUUUUAAAUCAGCACUCUUGUACAGUAUUGAAGCACAGACGACCAUUGGGUUUGGCUUUCGGAGUCCAACCGAACACUGUGGGGAGGUUAUCUUCUUUCUUAUCAUACAUACUCUCUGGGCAAACUUUAUUGAGGCCUUCAUUCUUGGGAGCUUCAUCGCAAAAGUCUCAAGACCCAAGGCUAGAGGUAAGACGCUCCAAUUCAGCCACUAUGCCUGCAUGACAAAAAUCGAUGAUAACAUUUGUUUUACUUUCCGUAUCGGAGACCUCAGACAAAAAUCCCAUAUCGUGGAGGGCCACGUUAGACUGCAGAUGGUGCGUCAUCACAUGACAAAAGAAGGCGUUUUAUUCCCUUACAAGUUCUUAGAUUUAAAUAUCGGUCACGACAUUGGCGUUGAUCGUAUGCUCCUUGUAUGGCCCUUACAAGUUAUCCACGUCGUCGAUGACAAAAGUCCUCUUUACAGCAUCUCAAGAGACCAUCUUCGCCACAUGGAUUUUGAAAUCAUCGCCAUCUUGGAAGGCAUCGUCGAGGCAACGGGCACAACAACCCAGGCCAGAACUUCUUAUCUCCCAGAUGAGAUCAUGUGGGGAUUCCACUUUGACAAUAUGGUUGAUGUGAGAGACGAUUGCUAUUUUGUAGAUAUGAAGAGAUUCCACUGCAUGAGGGAGAUGGAUGACUUCUCAAGAUGCAGCGCCAAGGAGGUAGAUGAGAUGAAAGAGGAUGAGAGAGUGGAGGAGAGGAAUACUGUAUGGACAGCGAGGAGAAACAGCGGGCUUAUCAGGAGGUCUUCUCCCAUCCUGAGAGAACCAACGGAUAAUGUGGAGUCUCGCAUAUAA